AUGGCCACUUCACAGACCUGGGGCCAUGCACUGGAAGUGCCAUAUAAUCCAGCAGCCACAGCCAGCGUCUCAUCCUACUUUGCCCGACCACUCAAGGUGGUCAAAUCUAAUAGCCGCAACGGUAGUCCGCGAGACCUGGGAAGGAGAAAGACCACAACAGCAGCUACCAUUUCCUCACGAGCCAGAUCCGUUGUUGACCAUCUCCGUUCCAACGUCCACUCUCAGCAAUGGCAGUGCUCGGAAAGCUCUCGCUCACGGCCUCUCAGCUGGCAUCCAACAUCCAUCGAGGAGCAUGACAUGGUGUUCGACCCUUCAGUCAGUGAUCAGGGUUUCUCGGGCUGGAAUUUUUCCACCGCCCAAGUCAACGGACUCUUCACUCCCAUCUCCUAUCCGGCUAUCAACGAGCCCCAGAUGGAAGAACUUUAUACACCUCUCGAAGAACUGCCUGGCCCAGAUGUGGUUCCGGCGUACGAAGCUCGACACUUUGGUGAACAGGCAUGGCUAGGCCAAGAUCCUCCCAAAGUCCAACCCUACUCUUUCGGCAUGUUCCCCCAGUCAUCCUCUCCCCAGCCUCCAUGGCAAUUCAGUCAAGGGGCGAUGCUAGGGGAGGUACCGACAGCACCAUCUUCACCGGAUUUUUUUCCGGUGCCGAACAUGGAUCUCGGCACCUUGUCGCUUGACAACACCGGUGACAACGAGGAUGCGGAGGAAUUAGUUGGCAUGGGCUUGUACGACUCGCCUGCUGAAGUUCAGUCCUCUUCCUUUCUCUGCGCCGGGCUCUCUUCUGGGAGGAGGGCGUUGAAGUUGGAGGAGUCUUUUGAGCCAAUGGAGCAGGAUGACGGAGAAGAGGGAGAAGAGGGGGAUGAUGAUGAUGAUGAAGCCGCCCAGGGGCAGGAAACCUUUGAGCAGGACGCCGUACUUGAACAUGCGCCCGACUCCUCUGGUGAGGCCAACUACAAUUCCCAGUCCAUCGCCAGCCAUCUCACCUUUGGCACGCAGUCAGAAGUGAACCCGAUUGCUUUCAAAUACCUGGCGACUCUGAGCCAGCUAAACAGUGCAUAUUACCCUGCAGCAUCCCACGGCUACGGUUGGAUAUGA